UUAGCCUUUGCGCUGAUUCAAAGUUGUUCGUUGGUUGUCGUUGGACCAGCACGAAUACUCUAUGCAGCCACCGCAUGAGCUGUUUUGUGUCCUGGUUCUGGUAGCACGUUGCGAACAUGAUGGUGUCCUCCAGACGCCCAGCGGUGAGCCGCCGUUCAUGUCCAUCAAGGCGCUCAUCGCUCACCAUCAGGCGCUCAGAAGCUAGACACGUAGCGCGGAGCCGUGCUGGCCAACGAGCUGAGGAACAACGCCUGCAAGCUGACCAAGUGGACCGUGCAGGCCGUGCUGGCCGGGUCCGAUCAGCGGAAGCUCGGCUACGUGUCGCGCAUCAAUCCUAGGGAUCACUCUCGCCACGUCAUCCUGGGCACGCAGCAGUUCAAGCCGCAUGAGCUCGCCACCCAGAUCAAACUGAGCAUGGACAACGCCUGGGGAAUACUGCGUUGCAUAAUCGAUCUGGUGAUGAAGCAGAAGGACGGCAAAUAUUUGAUCAUGAAGGACCCCAACAAGCCGAUCAUCCGUCUGUACGACAUCUCAGACAACACAUUCGACUCCGAUGACUCAGACGAUGGCGAGGGCGCCCCUACUGCGACGCCCCUACUGCAGCACCCUUCCAGUUUUGGACUUGAGCCACAACCCGCUAAACAUAAUCCCACAUCUGAUGGCUUCUGGAGGAAAUCGCCCGGUUCUGGGCCCUAGCUUGAACAUUUGUGUUCGAGAUAAAUCCAGCUAUUUCCGUGUAAAGUCCAGAGGGCAAAAAAUGUAUGCUUUUUUAUUUUUUGUGGUUUAUGAUAACACAA